AUGUUUUACCUUAAGGUCCCGGAUAAUCAUGCUCUACGGUACGUACCACCGGACCAGUUAGACAAAUACCUGAGUUUACGUGAUCCUCGUGCCGACUGGUUGAACGCUCAACGACUGCCCUCUUGGAUCACCCAGAAGAGGUGGGGUUUGCAGAUAGUUGGGGCAAUGAGUGCCGAUCCGAUUGAAUUCACGCCCGAGUGGUGCGGUCUCUUCACCAGUGCUGGCGUUGCUCCCAAACGGAAAAUUUCUCGCUUCCUCGUCAGCCCCGAUGCUGCACUCGAUCCUGGUAGGUUGUUUGUGCGUCUCACCUGGUGUACUGAUUUUGCAGUCUACGAGGACCAGAAGGUUUCUAGAGCAUCUUUCCUGAACUGUUGA